GACAUGACGGUGCAUGUGCCAUUCAAGAGACGAGAGCCAUGUGAUCACACUGAUAUCACAUUUGGUCGUAAAAGCAACCGUAGUUAUCGGUCCCAUACGAUGAAGCUACAACGUCAAUGUCACAAUCCACAUCAUACAGAUUCAUAUGAUUGUACGCUUGUAAGAAUAUACACAUUAAUUCUCACAACUUGCUGCAUUCUCGGGCAAAUUUCUACAAGAUUUUGAUUGAAUCUGGAUAUGCGAUUGUAUCCUCAAUAACUUGUGAUUCGCGAAAGAGCAAAACCCUCAUCAGUCUGAGUAUUCAUCGGCUUUGACAUUCACUACUGCCACUGCCUCCGGGCACAAUUCAUACUCCUCUACUUCCUCUGUUCAUCUGCUAUAAAGCUCACCACUUCCUUUACACUGUCGCACAUCUAACCUUCAUUCAAUAUGGCUGAUUUCAUAACCACCAAGCUAAAUCCUGAAACCCAUCUAAUCCUCGAUCAACCACUCCUUCGCCUCCCCCUCGAACUGCUCAAAAAAAACUUUAAAGUGGUGCAUUUCAAUCUCGAAAAAGAAUCUGCGAGCGUUAAAUCUGCCUUGAAAGAAACCACUGACGCCUCCCUCAAUGCCCAUGCUUCUCCCGACGAUGUUCUCAAAAAUGUUGAUUCUAUGCUCACUCGCAUGCGCGGCCUAAAACGCAAACUCCAAUCAUGUGCCGAAGAAGAGAAGAGACUACAAACUCAAUCUGCUGCAAGAAUCAAACAUAUAAGUUCCCUCUAUGAAAUCAAGAGUUUAGAGGAUGUGAAAUAUGAGGAAUGGAGUCAGACACGGCUAGAUCGGUUGCUAGUUGAUUAUUUGCUAAGGAAUGGGUAUAAAGAGAGUGCUACUGCUCUUGCGAAAGAGAAGCAUAUUGAGGAGCUGGUGGAUGUGGAGACUUUUGUGCAAAUGAGCAGGAUUAAAGACAGUCUCUGUAAAGGCAAAGUUACGGAGGCGUUGGCAUGGUGUUCGGAGAAUAAGAAAGAGCUCAGGAAGAUGGAGAGCAAUCUCGAAUUUAUGCUUCGUUUUCAGCAGUAUGUCGAGUUGGUACGAACAAAAGAUGAAGCGAAGUUGGUUGAAUCUAUCGCACAUGCGAAAAAAUAUCUAUUGCCAUUCCGGGAAAGCUAUCCUAAAGAAGUUCAACAAGCGUGCGGACUUCUUGCAUUCAAUCCCGAUACAAAAGUUACAGGAUACGGAGAACUCUAUAGUCCCGCCCGCUGGACACACCUGGCCAAUCUUUUUACGCAAACGCACAACGAACUCCUUAAUCUUUCCUCCGUACCCCUCCUGCACAUCGCUCUCUCUGCUGGUCUCUCGGCACUCAAAACCCCUGCCUGUCAUUCUUCACAUACCUCCUCCAUCUCUCCCACUUCCACAGCCACGACGACUACGUCCGUUUGUCCUAUCUGCAGCAUCGAACUCAACGAACUAGCUAAAGAUAUGCCUUAUGCACAACACACUAAAAGUCACGUUGAAAAUGACCUGGUGCUUUUGCCGAAUGGUCAUGUGUAUGGUGAACAUCGAUUGCACGAGUAUAGCCGGAAGGUGGGUCUGGAGGAGGGGACUUAUAAAGACUUGAGGACGGGAGAGGUAUUUGCGAAGAGCUUAGCCAAGAAAAUAUUUAUUUCAUAAUGCGAGUUUUGGAGUAGUAUUUGGGUGGUUCAACCGAUGCGUGUCUUCCAGAGCUUCGCUGCGUGGAUUGGGAGCUAGGUAUUCAAAGAAUGGUACACGCAUACAAAGUUUUAUGGUCAGACUGGGUGAUGUCAUGAUUCAUCUUAUGAAAUGCUUUGUAGGGGAGAGAAGCCAGUAAGAAGUAGGUGAGAAGUGAGGGGCGAACACUAACAUAUAUAAUAAAAUCGUACAGUCCAUCCAUAUGCAAUAAUCUUGGAGCGGGAGAGCACAAUUGUGGAUGCGGUAUUAUAAGGGAAAGGUAUCUAGUAAAUUGAAGGGGAAAGAAAAGGGGGCGUUGUAUAAGGAGAACUAAACGAAUGAGAAUCAUAGAAUGAGGAUCGGAGUGAGGAUGUAUAUAUGCUCAUUUACAGCAUUAAUAAUGAGUAGGUAGGUAGGUAGCUAUAUUUCACCAUCAUAAUCAGAUCAUCAAUUCCACACUUCGGCAUCUGCUAUAACA